AAUCUGCCAAGAACAAUCCAAACUGCAAAUGGCCAAUAAAAACCAACUGCAAUCGUCAAACGGACAAUUCCGAUGACAAACGCAAAGACGGCAAGUUGUCAUGGGCAGCAACUGAGGUGCGGCUUGCCUGCAUUUGAUUUGAAUCUCAAUUGGAGGCGGCAUAAGCCCCGCCCCCUUCGGACCGUCUGCGCUGGAAAUAGCAGCUGUUCGAAGAGCCCACUUCCAAGCACUCCACAGUCUGCCUCGUCUCCGCUCGACACGUCGCCCACCCCGCGAUAAGCUGCCAAGUCGAGACGAAACGAAACGGAGCCAUGUCGGCCGCCAGCACCGAGACCAGCGCCGCGGCGCUGCCCGUCGCCGCCGCCGCCGCCGCCGGCCGGGUCUUCUUCCAAGCCGCGCCCGGCGUGGGCUGCGCCGGCUCGGCCCCGCUGGGCGUCGGCGGCGGCGGCGGCGGCUCCUCGGACGACCCGGUGCAGAAGCGGCAGGGCAAAGUGACCGUCAAGUACGACCGCAAGGAGCUCAGGAAGCGGCUCGUGCUCGAGGAGUGGAUCAUCGAGCAGCUCAGCGAACUGUACGACUGCGAGGAGGAAGAGAUGCCUGAGGUGGAAAUAGACAUCGACGACCUUUUGGAGGUCAACGGCGAUGACGAGCGAGCCGUCAAGCUGCAGGAGUCGCUAACAGGCUGUUACAAACCGACAGAGGAUUUUGUCCGCGAGUUGCUGGGCAGGAUAAGAGGAAUGAGGAAGCUCAGCGCUCCAACGAAGAAGGCUCUAUAAUGUCGGGCGCCUCGACGUGGCCUCAUCGACGCGCGCCUUCUGCCUGCCCCGCCGCGACACUCAUCCCGUACAUAUGCCCGCGUCACUUCCGCAACCAACUCGCUCCGCACGCAAUGUCAAAUCUAGUCUGUACAUUACCGGACUGUGAAAAGGGGCUACGUAGCAAACGGCGCAUCGAUGACUUUUUCACAUUUGCUCGUUUUCAAGCCCCCCCCCCGACAGCCAAUGAGAUGGGAAAUCUCAAAAACAACAAAAAAAGGGAGGAGCAAAGUGUGCACUUGCAACUGCUGUGAAAUUCGUUGUGGCACGACAGUGCUUCACCAUUUUAAUGUUUUUUUUUUUUUAACGGAGGUAUUUUCUGCUGUUACCGCCAUUAUUGUUCAUGUGAAGGUGUCAUUUUUUUGCUCAUAAUCCUUCCACUCUCACUUUUCUUGCUUGCAUCAUGCAAAGGAGUUUUUAAAUUCAUUACAUAUUUCGCAUGAGGGGAUUUUUUUUGUGGGGGUGGGGGGGCGUUUUAAUAUAUGUGAGGAUGUGCUCUUCAACUGCAGCGAGGCAUGAUGGGCAUUGUAGUUCCUGACGACAAGCCUGAUGAUUGGUGGCCUUUCGCUCACGUCGCAGCCAUUUUGAUGGUGGGGGGGGGGGGGAAGGGGAGGGGGGUGUUUUUCCCCCAACACAUCUCAGCUGAUGUCAAUUGACUCAGCGUCGAACCUUCACCAUACGGACGACCGAGAGGCGACGACUGUAAGUCUGUCGAAAGCUUGACACUCGCCAAAUGGAAAUAAGAAAUGUCAAA